ACUUAAAUUUCGCGCCGGCUUACCGUUGGCGGCAGUCCAGUCGCGGGCGAGGGACGGUGCGCAUGCGCCGCGCCCUCCCAUUGGCCGUCCCGGCGGCGCUGUCAUAUGAUGAAGCUGCGUGGCAUGAUGGGACGGCGGAUCGCGAUUUUGCAACAUGGCGGCGAAGUGAGGGCGAAGUCGCGGGUGCUGUGCCAUCGGAAAAUGUAUCUUUCCUAGUCGCCCGUAGGAGCGAUCCCAUCGUUACCUCGCAGUUACGCGCGGCAGUGGAGAUACGUGUUCGGGUUAGGGGUGUCGAUCGUGUGCCGGCGGCGUUGGCGCGUGUAAAUAUGAGCGGGACGGCCGGCAGCGCGACGACGAAGGUAACACCCCGCGGCACCGUGCGCCGCUCGAGCACGUAUGGCAGGGACUAGGGCUCGCGCGAUAAGGGAGCCCCGCUUUUGUCCGAGCGCGAGCGAGCCGCGGCAGCCGCCGAGACAGGAGCACCAAGUAGCAACGCGAUGUUGUGGCCAGCCCUGCCGAACUGUGAGAACGUGUACACAACAGAUAGAAAUUCUAUCAAUCACUGUGAUUUCUGAUCGUACAUGCGUGCCAAACACGAAGAUAUAAGAGGGCGUUAAAAAGGGAUCCAAUGGUUUCCUGACAUGAUGGAAGGCAAAUUAUAUGUGAAGAAUGAGCCGGGACUUGAGGGGCAAUCGCUCACGAAUGCGCAGCCCAAUCCGUCUGUCGAGGAUGGCGGCGGUGCGAGGAUCUGCUUCGUCUGUGGCGCCGUGGGCCACAGCGAGCAGCAUUGGUUACGAGUGAAACCAAGCCCAGGUGGUUCGCCCAAUGAACCCUACUUCCCAUUUCUCGAGUCGCACGAGCCGCCGAACGGCUAUCGCGGCGAGGGUGCCAGGAGUGGCGCUGUCAAGGCCUGCAAUCUUUGUUACAUUCUGCUGUUACAACAGUGGGAAAGCUAUGAGCGAGAAGCCAGACCUCACAGUCAACGGAUUUAUUGGUUAAAGAGAUGCGACGGCGGCCCGUUCACGGGGGCCGAGAUGGCACUUCAGGGUGAGUAUGCCGCCCAGGUUCUGGGCUUAACGAACGACCAGGCGCCGCAGCUCAGACAGGAAAACCGACCGGUUGGUAUCUCACCACGAUUACCACCGAAUUCGCCCUCGCCGAGAGUCGUCGAGCAAGUCAGACCGCCGUCGAAUUCGGUCGCCGAGGUACCGAGGCCGCAUUCCAACACGGCGGAAACGCAUAGGCACUUGGAACAAGCGAGGCUCACAAUGGAAUCUCCUCAUCACAGACUGCAGUCACCUCAUCAAAGAUUGCAGAGCCCGCGGCAACCAAUCGAGGACGCUAGAAUGUCCAAUGAGGCAGCAUUGGAUUUGAGACACGCACCUAGAAGUUCACCUGCGCCUCAACCUACCUUACCACCACCUGCAGCUAUCUAUAGCGGCGGAUCGUCAUCUAGCGUCGGCACGGAUAUCCUGGAUCUGUCGAUGCCGGAUAAGAACUCAGUCACAGAAGUCUGUUACGUGUGUGGAGAUGAAUUCAAGAGGGGAUCUCUCAGUCAUAUCGCUGCGAAGCCACUGCCAACUCAGCCGAAUCCUUCUUCCAGUCCACCGCCGUUCUUUCCAUCAUUGAUGCUUCAUCCCAGGCCAAGUAGAAGUCGACCUAUGGACAGUGCUGGUCGAGUGCAGGCCUGUUCAGCGUGCCAGAAUCAUCUUUUAAUACAAUGGAAAGCGUAUACACGGCAAGGAGUACCGCACAGUGAUAGAAACUAUACGCUUCGCAAACGACAAGCACCUGCAAUGGAUACAACCACGUUUAUUUGCUAUACUUGCGCUCUUGAGUACCCUUCUUCUAGUAUUCGACUUCUGUAUUGCUGUCCUAAUCCAGAAAAAGAGGUGUAUUUCCCUUUUAUUUAUUCUCUGAGACCUCCGUCAGGAGCUAGUCCUAUUAGUCCUCAGGGAAUGGUGCAGGUUUGCUCCAUUUGUUACAAAGCUAUCCCACAGAAGCAGCAAGUAUUCGGUGGAGAAAAUCACGAGGCGCAGCCAUCCGGACAAAACGUAGAUUUUCGUCAACAAGGUCCGUCGCCGCGGCCCGCUGUUCCAAAAUCUCCAGCCAAUUCAGCUGGUAGCGAUAUUCGUUUUAAGCCAUACGAUUUAAACAAGUCUACAGUUGCUACAAACAAGCAACGAAGCAGUACUACCGUGAAAGCUCCCACGCCUGGGCAACGAAAUUCACCUAGCAACGGUCCUGCAGAAAAUGGGACCGUUGCGCUUGGCCAAAAUUAUAGGUGCUAUAUAUGUGAGAGAUUAUAUCCUCGCACUCAUAUGGAAUGGUUAUCUACGAGUCCAGAGGGAAUGAAUUCACAUGCUAUGCAUUUUCCUUGCUUGAGAGGAAUGGCACGUACGUCUGAAAAUGCUUGUAUGGACAGUCACGGGAGAGUAUUGGCAUGUAGUCAUUGUGUGAAUCAUCUUGCGCAACAGUGGGAAAGUAUGGAUGCUGAACGGGUUCCUUUAGAAAGACGCAGGUACGAUAUUCCUAGUCCACAUCCAAAUGGUGACGUGAAUCGGUCAAUCGCCACGCCACCGAGCUCCAGUUCGGACCGAACAUUCGGAAGCAAUCCGGGCACGUCAAGCAGCUCGAUUUAUUGUUUCCUAUGCGGUUUACACAGCGAUUUAACUCUCGCACGAGUACUAUAUGGGCGUCCUCAAGGUCGAAACGCACCAUUUUUCCCUGAAUUGCUGCGUCACCAAUCACCACCGAAUGCCGAACAGCUUCGCGAGGAUGGCUCCGCCCUGGUCUGCACGUUUUGUUAUCAUUCACUAUUGGCACAAUGGCGUCAACACGAAUCUCUUUCUGGUGGUCAGCAAGUGAAUGCCGCCGAGCGUCAGUACAAUACCCACGACUAUUGCUGUUACGUUUGCGGCAUCGUAACAUACAGAAAACGAGUACGAGCGCUGCCAGUGAAGGACUUUCCAUUCCUAAGGUAUCACAGGCAACCAGAGAAGAGCUUGUUGCUGGAGAACGGCGAUUUUGCAGUGGUCUGCUUAGAUUGCUACGAAACCUUGCGUACGCAAAGUCUCGAAUACGAGAGAUGGGGCCUGCCUGUCGAGAAACGGGAAUACAAUUGGAUUGUGCAACCUCCACCGCCCGAGGACAGUCCCGACGCGGCCAUAGCCAGGUUACCAUCUGGCGAGAGGUCUGAGAAAGUGGUUCCACCGACAUUAACUGUCAGGCCAGCGCGAAAGAACUGCUCGCCAAAGGCACCCGACAAGAAGGCACCUGUAAAAAUUCCGGAGAAGGAACAAGGUAAGUUGCAAUUCCAAUUAAAUGAAAGAGACUGCUUUUACUAUACAAUGAGUUUAAUAUCAUACGCGAAACAUAUAUGUACGAAAAUGUUUCUCAUAUAUAGCAACAUUUUUAUUCAAAGAUAA